GUGAGGGAGGCGAGAACAUGGCGGAAGCGGUGUGAAGGGUCUGUACGCCAAGCGGGCGCGUCUUCUCGCGGGCGGGCGGCGCUGUGCGCGGGGAAAGGAGAGGCCUGCUGAGGGGUUGCUGCUGCUGCGCGGCGACUGCUGGCUCCGGGGCCCGCGGGUGGCGGCCCCAGCCUCCCCUUGGGCUUUGUCAGGUGGAAGAAUAAUUUCACAGCUAUGGAGAAUGAACCGAGCACAACAACAUGUUCUACAUGCACAACUACUAUCACCACCACAUCCUCCCCUUCCCGUACUCAGCCACCUCAGAUAUCUGUCUAUAGUGGUGCAGAUCGACAUGCUGUGCAGGUUAUUCAGCAGGCCUUGCAUCGUCCGCCAAGCUCAGCAGCGCAGUAUCUUCAGCAGAUGUAUGCAGCUCAGCAGCAGCAUCUCAUGUUACAAACAGCUGCUUUGCAACAACAGCAUUUAAGUAGCACCCAGUUCCAGAGCCUGGCCAGUGUCCCACAGGCAAACCUGUCAGGUGGGAGGCAGUGCGCAUCCCCCAAUGGCAGUGUCACUCAGCAGUCAAGUAUGUCGGAGACAUCGAUUAAUCUUUCUCCUUCUCCUACACCCGCGCAGCUAAUAAGCCGUUCACAGACGUCCAACAGUAGUAGCAGCAGUCUUACCCAACAGACCAUGCUUCUGGGGAGCACCUCUCCUACUCUGACUGCAAGCCAGGCUCAGAUGUACCUCCGAGCCCAAAUGCUGAUUUUUACACCUGCUACCACUGUGGCGGCUGUCCAGUCUGACAUUCCUGUUGUGUCGUCGUCCUCUUCGUUUCCCUGUCAGUCUGCAGCUACUCAGGUCCAGAAUUUGACAUUACGCAGCCAGAAGUUGGGUGUAUUAUCUAGUUCACAGAACGGCUCUCCAAAAAGCAGUAGUCAUGCCCAGACACUAGCUGUGUGCCCUAAUAAACCCGUAACCAGUACCAAAGCCAGCCAGUCAGAUCCUCUAGAAAGCAAACGGAAAGGUGACAGCCCAACAGCAGAGCCUCGAAGCCCAGCCGUCACACGCACAUCCAGUAUUCAUCAGCUCAUGGCACCAGCUUCAUAUUCUGCUAUUCAGCCUCAUUCUCUGUUAAAGCACCAGCAGUCCCCUCUUCACUCACCACCUUCAAAAAUUUCCCACCACCAGCUGAUCUUCCAGCAGCAACAAGUUCAACCAAUCACGCUCCAGCUUCCUCCCAACCAGGAAGCAUCUGUGUCGCAACACUGUGCCCCUCUCCAAGGCCAUGCUCUUCCCCCAGCCCCCAGCAGCGCCUCAUCGCAGCACUGCACACCUGUCCACAUCCAUCCCCCGCCACUUCCCCCUCCACUUUCUCCAACUCCAUCCCAGUCCUCCCAGCAGUCAGUCGUGGUAUCUCCUCCACCACCUCCUUCGCCCAGCCAGUCGCCAACAAUAAUUAUACACCCCCAGACUCUUAUUCAGUCGCAAACACAUCCGCUAGCAUCAUCGGCACUUCAGUCAGAGCAUCACCCAGUGCAGGCCAAUGAUAGGCCAGCAGAAGCAACCUCGCAGCCUUCUAAUCUUCCAGCCCAGCUGCCACCUUCCCCAAUAGUUCACAUUGGGUCACCGGAUCAGCCUGCCUUGGUGUCCGCAGGCCAACAUAUAACAUCUCCAACGCCUCACCAGCAGUAUCCAGCUUUGCAGGCCACGCCAAUCCCAGUGGCAGCCUCUCCUCAGCUGCCAACAUCUCCAGCCCACAGCCAGCCACUUCCUCUCCCGCCCGUUCAGUCUUUACAAGUGCAGCCCGACAUUUUGUCCCAAGGUCAGGUUUUGGUGCAGAACACGUUGGUUUCUGAGGAGGAGCUUCCUGCUGCCGAAGCGUUGGUCCAGCUGCCGUUUCAGACUCUUCCUCCUCCUCAGACGGUUGCAGUGAAUCUUCAAGUGCAACAAGCAGUACCUGUUGAGACCCCGGUGAUUUAUCAAGUGGAAGACAUGUGUGAGGAGGAGAUGCCAGAGGAAUCGGACUGUGUGCGUAUGGUUAGGACCCCCACUCCACCCACCUUGUCACCUCCUGCUAUAACUUUAAGAAACAGAGACGAGCUUGGCUAUGAGGAACCUUUUUCAGAACAAGACGGACAUCCCUCAAUGGCCUCAUCAGUUAGCGCUUCUGUAAUUAAAUCACCAUCAGACCCUUCGCAUGCCUCUGUUCCACAACCACCUCUUUUGCUUCCAGCAAUCCCAACAAGGAGUAACAGCGCAUCAGUGUCUCAUAAGAACCCUAGCAUAGAAAACAAACCUCCACAGGCUAUCGUUAAGCCACAAAUCCUGACCCAUGUUAUUGAGGGCUUUGUGAUCCAAGAGGGGUUAGAGCCAUUUCCUGUAAGUUGCUCCUCUCUUCUAGUUGAGCAGCCUGCAAAAAAGAGGCUGCUGGUGGAGGGCCAGGCGAUGAACGUUAUGUGUGUGGAGCCAGAGCUGCAGAACAAUGCAAAGCACGUAGACAACUCCUCAGACACGGAGUUGGAGGAUAUAAUUACGGAAGAGGGGCUGGAUGAGAUGGAAACGGAUCUCCUCAAGUGCGAGUUUUGUGGGAAAAUGGGAUAUGCAAAUAAGUUUCUGCGGUCAAAGCGAUUCUGCACCAUGUCCUGUGCCAAGAGGUACAACGUCAGCUGCAGUAAGAAAUUUGGAUUAUAUGGCUCAGACAAAAGCAGUCGUUGGAGCCGGAGCCUUGGGCGACGCGGGCGACGGCCAAGCAGCUCUGAUGGAGCUCCCAGGGAACACUUCCUUAGACAGCUUCCAAUUACUUAUCCAUCUGCAGAAGAAGACUUGGCUUCUCAGGAAGACAAUGUACCGGUUGCCAUGACCACUCGCUUGCGAAGGCAAAGUGAAAGGGAAAGAGAGCGCGAACUUAGGGAACUGAGAAUUAGGAAAACAACAGACAACAUGGAUUUGUUACCAGCGAUACAAUCUGAUCCAUCCGGAUGGACUGUGGAAGAUGUUUGGGCCUUCAUACAUUCUUUGCCUGGUUGCCAAGAUAUUGCCGAUGAAUUUCGAGCCCAGGAGAUUGAUGGGCAGGCUCUCCUCUUAUUAAAAGAGGAUCAUCUCAUGAGUGCAAUGAAUAUUAAGCUAGGACCUGCACUGAAAAUCUGUGCACGAAUCAACUCCUUGAAGGAAUCCUAGUGGAAAAUAAGGCUUUAAAUCACAGCUUCCAUCAUAUGACAGACUUGUAAUAAAACAGCAUCUUAACGUUUGAUGUGAUUAUUACUGCUGUGUUUUGCUAAGCAUCCUUUUCCACAUAAAGACUGUUGGAGGAGCAUAUCUCAUGUAAUCUUCCAAACCUUCCAGUAGUUAUCCAGCUUAUCAGGAAGCAUAAGCUGUGUUGGCAAGUUGUUGUAGUCAAAUGCAGGGCAAGGAGAGUCAGUGGAAAGCUCUAUGAGGCUUCUGUAAGAUGUUGCGAGUGAUGCUUAUUCCAAAAAGGUGAUUAUUUAACAUUCAAGAUUUAAGCUUUUUUUAGAAAAUGUAACCUUGAUAUAACCUUGAUUACAGUUUCAAAUUGUGUUUCUAUACACUUUUUCCUUUGUAGAAAGCUUUUUAAGAAUAUGGAUUAACAGAAGAGUCCACAGAGUCUGUGGAAGCACUGAUUAUGGUAAAAUGCUAUGCAUUUAAUUGUGCUCUUUUGAGUUUCAAUUAAUCCUGAGCGUAUAGUUUGAAGGGAACUUGCAACUGACUUCCUCUUCUCUCAUAACCCUACAGCUGCCCCACCACUGUAGUAUUCUCUUUUAAGUGCUGAAGCUUUUCUGUGAACAUGCAAGAUAUUUUGUAAAUGCAGUAUACCUUCCACUGUCAGAACCUUGGUCACUUGAAUUCCAUGUCAGCAUAAGCAUCCCUCUCGUGUACAAACCUAUGAAUGUUUUUGGGGGGGAUGGGGGAAGGGGUGGGGGGGUAUUCUUGAUAAAUGAAGUUGUACAGUUAGGUGUGAUGCACAUAGUGGCAAAACUGCUGAGAGCUGGAACGGCGGUGUGGCACACACUUCCCAGACGGUAGUAAAAAGCACAUACAUGAUGACAAUGAUUAUUUGUAUGCUGCUAUGCACUGAAGAGGGCAUUAUGUUGUUAUUGUUCUGGUUUUUCUUCUUCUUCUUCUUGCUGGUUUAGACCAAAGGAGUUAAUGUACACCUGUUCAAUGGAAAUGUGUUGCCCGUACGCUGGUGUGCAACUCCGAAUUAUUGAAUAAUUCUCAAGGGCAAAUUGGAUCAGCAGACGUUUCUAGACUUCGCUUUCUUUCUAUAGUUCUCUCGCCUCUCCAUUUGCAGGUGUUCUGGUGGACGCUGCUGGGGACGUUGUUCUUCCCUCUCCAUAGGGAAUAAGCACUUUUUGAAAUCACAAUGGUUUUUCUUUGUAACAUUUCCUCGCAGCCCAGUGUUAUCUGCAGCAGUUAUUCAUGUUACAGCAAGGACCCUAAACCAAUGGCACCAAAGUAUUAAGAGUAAGUGUUCAGAAGUUUGUCCUCUAUAUCUGAGUAGGAGUUUGAAUCAUUCUUUGGAAGAUCUUCUACCCCACCAUUAAGUUAGCAUGCUUCAGUGAAAUGGGGCCCAGUUCACUGAGUAUUUCUCCUAAGCCAGACCCACUAACAUGAAUGAGUGUGUCAUAAGACUAAGGGAUCUCUGUUCAUUUUAAUAGAGCUUGUUCAAAAGAAAUGUCUUAUAGAUUGUGAUCAUCAUUUAACUGAAUGUGAAUCUUCCACAAGGGCUUGCGGCCUGGUAAAAAGUUGUUUGUUUUAUUGGGCAUUAACACUGUAUCUGUUAAUUUAAGGGUGGUUUAAUUAGCAAAAUUACUUAAGACUACUGGUUUUAGCCCUACUGGGUUUUUUUAAUCUCAAAUUUAGGAAUGCGUUCCGAAAGUUACUGUAUUAUCGUUAACCUUCAACAAUUAAUCCGUUUAUUAUUAUCAGAAGCUCAAAGUAAGUAAAUUCUUUAUAGUGUUAAGGAGAGCUACCAAACAUUUACAGGUGCCUAUGGUAAAGGUUUGAAAAUUACAAAGUAUUAAUCAUUCUCCAACUCCUCGUAUUUACUGCGCAUAGAUUCUUUUGCAUAUGAAACAUGCAAACAUGUUGUAGGAUGCCAAGUAGUUAAAGCUGCCUCCAAAUCAUAUGGUCUGGUUCUUUACGGAAAUAGUAGUUGUGAACAGCUAACUAAACUGGUUCUUUGCCUAAAUAGUAUUGGUAACUGUAAGUUCAGAAAACUGGUAAAGGUGUUUUUUUGAGAAAGCACAACAGAAGGAUUUCAGAAUUAAGAGCUUUCUGCCACAUUUUGGAGGAUGGACAGACAUUAGUUGUUCAGUCCUACUCACAUGGGAUUUAGGUGGGGAGCAUUUGAGCCAUUUUAGUCUCAUUUACUUCCCAGAGAUUAAGGCUGAAGUAUGAUGCGUACUUAUGUGGGAGUAAGUCCCAUUUUAAUUCUGUGUGACAGUUCUCAGUAAAUGUGUACUGGGCUGUAAAUCAUAUGAAUCAAAAUAUUUCAAUUUAACUGAGUGCUACACAAAGCUUAUUUUGUUUUGUAAAUUGCUAUUCUUAUUAUUUUAUUUUUAUUUUAAGUCUCUUAUUUUAAGCAUCUGGGAACUGGAACAAUGUUACAUCUCCUGUAAUUAUAAAUAGAGCACAAAAUCCAUGGCUGAGUGAUUAUUACAUAAACAUUAUAUAAAUUAUACCAAAUGCUCAGUUACUUUCAUUAGCUGCACUAUGUAUAGGUUCACAGAGAAUGCUGACAAUAAUUAUAGAAUAAUAUAGUAUAUUAAAGUACUGUGGGCCUGAGGAUAAAAAGUAAGAACAGAAGCACAGAUAAUUCUGCCCUGAAUAGAAACAUUUGUUCGAGCUGUCUCCAACAAACCAGUUUGUCCAGCGAGAUGUAUUGCUCAACGAACCAGGCGCUUACCUUAUCCUAAUAUGUCAGCCUAUCAGUUUGAUGGGUUCCUUUCUCUCCCCUCCCACUCAGGCUGUGGCAAUGGUGGCAGACCAAACAGAGCGGCAAAGAAGACUGGUGCUGUGGCAAGCUGCUGUCAUAGCACCACCACCCCUGGCAGUAGCAGCUGAUACAAUUGCCACACUGAACUAAUUGCAAAAGCUAUACAGAGAAGUUUCUGUAUUAUGCAAAAGCAGACUGGUUCUUGUCAAAAGGCAGUGCCUUUUGCUCUCAGCAUUGACCUUGGGACAGUAAAGUUAGACUUUGGGACAGAUAAAGAAAGCACAUCAUCUCCUCCUUGUUCAUCCCCUACAACUCAGCUUGUCUCUUUAUGGCAAUAGCAUUCCUAUCCCUGCCCCCGCCCACCAUAGAAGGCAAUGUUUCACAAGCCAUUCCUGUGUAUGCACUGGAGUUUACCCCUUAAUUUAACCAAGUUUGUAUACCUCUUAAUUAUAAAAGAAACCCCUAAGCAGGUUACAGAAUUAUACACUAAUUAGUUAAUAAAGGUAAGGCUUAAAAUAAUUCUUUUUUUAAAAAAUCAAAUUAUAACUAAGGAGUUAAAAAUAUACGUUAUGAGCUAGAAUUACUGAUUAAAAUACACAUCAACUUUGCAUGUCUAGGUAGGCUUCCUUAAACAGAAAAGUUUUUAGGCUCUGAAAAGAGGCAGUGUAGGCACCUGCCUAAAGGCAAUGGGCAGGAAGUUCCCAGAGUUUGGGAAUUGCCACUCUAAAACACUGAUUCCUAGCAGCAUGAAAAGGAGCAUGAUCAAGUGAGAAACUAAAGUGGUUUUCAUAGCUUGAUAUAAUAGGCUAGUUUGGGCCCUGAGUGGAUGAAUUCGUUUCAGUUUGCCUUUAAGUGUUACUCAUCAUGAUGUGGAUAUAAUUAGUAUUUAUUCUUUAAGAUGGCUAAUUUGUAAGGGGGCAGGUGUGUGUUCUUGAAGACAUUUUAACACUGUAUGGAGCAACAUGGACAUGUAUGGACUACAUGGUAUUGAGCUUCAAUCCUGCCCUCCAGUUAGGAAUAGCACUUGGAUUUCAGAUUCCUUUAGUAGUGCUUGUAGCAUUUAGGGGAUGCCCAGAAAUAAUUGCACAAGGCUUGUUAAAAGUGAUCUUCAGUGCUUGUGUGAAUACAGCAACAAGUGGAAGCACAUUAUUUGCUUGCAGUUAUCAGCACCAUUAUCAGCGUCAGCAUUUCAGGGCUAAUUCUCACUUUACAUUUUGUACUCAAGUACAGCUUCUAAAAGAACAGGAUGUGAAAUGGGAAGUGGUAAUUUGCAUUGGUUGUUUGUUUGAUUGGUUGCAUUGAUAGUUUGGGGACUAUUUACUGAAGCUACAGGCUUAGUAUGGAGUAUUUUAAAUUUUAGUCCUAAGGUAAAUACAAUGUUUUCUUCUCCUUUUAAUAAAAUCCCCUGCCUCUUUGGAUCACAUCCUUGAUUCUAGUCAAGUGAUGGCAUUUAUAGAAGUUAGAAAUCUGAGUCGUACUUGGGCUGUGUCCAGUCACUGUUAGUUGCGAGGUUUAGAAUCUUAUGGGAACUACAAGAAACAGUUUGCUUGAAGGUGUUUGGGGGAUGCAUGUACCAAGUCACACAGAAAGUUGCACUACUAUUCUGGGCAAUCUUAUCAUUUAUAGACUGUGCCACCUGAGUUGGCCACACCUCAGGUCUUCCUCAUAGAUUAGCAAGCAUCUGCACAAGAACAACGCAUAUUUCCCAUGUGGGUUUCAGGCACAGACUGCACAAAAUUAUACUCCUGACACUCCAGAACACUUUUACAUUAGAUGGCUAUUUUCCAUAUACCAAGCUGUAAUAGGAAUAGAAAUGUCAAAUGGCGCCAGAUGUAAUAGUAGUAGUAGCAGCAGCCACCCCUCAUCGCUUGUCACAGUGUUCGACCUUUUUGUAUUGACGUGGGCUAAAAUCCCAUGAUUGUAAACAGCCAUGGAGACUUGACAGUAGACUUCACAAGUGUGCAAUGUAAAUAUGCAUCAGGUAUAUGUGAUGGAGUCAUCUGCAGGAAAA